AUGGAAGCCGACGCAACCAAAGCAGGUCAUUCUGCCUGGGACCCGCGAGGAUGGUCUUUGACGAAAAAGCUUGCCGCCGCCGUCGGUGCUGUUGUGGUCAUCGUUGCUGUUAUCGUGGGUGCUGUGCUCGGAGUGCGGGCAAAUCGUUACCCUAAUUAUACCAAACUCGACUAUAGUUUGGUAGACACCUAUUCAGGGUCUGAUUUCUUCAAUAAUUUUUAUUAUGCUACCUCUGACCCGUCGGGUGGAUUUGUCCAGUAUAUUGACCGAGCUGCAUCUGAAUGGCUCAAUUUGACAUAUGCCACAGACACAUCAGCUGUGCUCAAGGUGGACACAACAUAUAGCGGGUCAGACGAGGUGGCCAAUGGCCGCCAAUCUGUCAGAAUCACGUCUAACAAUACCUAUGCCGAUGGGCUCUUCGUUUUCGAUAUUUUGCAUACCCCCCUACGCCUUAAUUGGCCAGCACAUGGCGAGAUCGAUGUCAUGGAAGCUGUGAAUAUGGGUGAAUGGGGUAACCAAGCAACUCUUCAUACGUCAAGUGGCUGCAAUAUGGGCGUGAAGCGGAAAGAGACCGGUACUGCGCUACACAAAACCUGUUACUGGGAAGCGAAUGAUGAAUCAUGUUGUGGUGUGAGAGGCGCUAAGCCCACAUAUGGUCCUGAAUUCAAUGCACAGGGCGGCGGAGUCUAUGCCAUGGAGCUCCGUGACGCGGGCAUUCGAGUCUGGAACUGGGUUCGCGCUGAUAUCCCUUCGGAUAUUACCUCAGGGAGCCCCGAUCCUUCCACCUGGGGUAAAGCGUAUGCAGAUUUCCCUAGUACGGAGUGCGACAUUGGCAACCAUUUCAAAAAUCAGAGCAUUAUUGCCAAUAUCGAUUUUUGCGGAGGCUGGGCAUCCGCGACAAAGUACUACACCACACAGAGCGGGUGUCCGGACAGUUGUGAGACCUUUGUGAUGGAUAAUGCCUCCAAUUUUACGACUGCAUACUGGGAGUUCAAGAGUUUCAAGGUUUAUCAAGCAAACGCAUAG